AGCGGCCGCUAGCAGACGACAUUUGGAGCUCCAUUUGUGAAGACACGCGGCUGCUGUUUACGAACCAAGACAUCAACACAAAAUCUGGAGAGGGACUAACAUAUUUUUGUGCCUGGAGAAAGACCCGCAUCCGUGCAGUUCUCGGAUGCUACGCAUUUUGUUGAGUCUUGAAGUGGUGGAUACAGCUUACGAUACAGUGGGACGAAGCGUGGAGAGCAAGCGUGUGUGAAAUGUGACUUGAGCGGCCAGGUUUUACACGAUGGAUACGACGGUUACUACGAAUAACACUACCAUCCCGGUGGCGCCAGCGACUAAAAAUUCGGCGGUCAAGCAACUGGUGCUGUCGUUGCCCGGAGGCCUGGGCGCCAUGCCGGUGCGGCGACGAAGAGGGCGGGGGGGCCUCUGCUCCUGCCUUGGGGGAACCAACGACGAACCUCCCGAGAUCACCUACCACGUGGUGGAAAACGGCGUGGUCACCAUGCCUCCCGCGCACCUCAUCAUCCCAACACAUCCGAUGCCCGACGAGAAUGAGCUCAACGCCAAAUUUGCAGAGCUUGUGGACGAACUCGAUUUGACUGCGGCCAAGAAGGAAAUCAUGUUCAGUUUGCCUCCAGAAAAGAAGUGGCAGCUUUAUCUCAGCAAGAAAAUGGAGCAGACGGACAGCUCUUCUUCACACUUCCCUGACUAUUACAUCGAACGCGUUAAUGCCAUGUCCAUGUUGCUAUUCCCAAGAGAAGAGGAAGAGGUCAACGUACGGGCAAAGCUCCUCGAUAAUCUCAAGACAGCCUUAAGGACACAGCCCAAUAGCUUCGUCACUCGAUUCCUUGACCAAGAUGGACUAGUCUGCCUUCUCAAUUUCCUCGGAAAUAUGGACUAUAAUACUGCCCAAAGCCCAAUUCACACAUCUCUCAUCGGAUGCGUGAAAGCUCUCAUGAACAACUCAAAUGGAAGAGCUCACGUGCUGGCGCAUCCGACAGCUAUCAACACCAUCGCUCAAAGCUUGAGCACUGAAAAUAUCAAGACUAAAAUAGCGGUACUAGAGAUUUUAGGAGCCAUGUGCCUUGUCCCUGGUGGCCACCGCAAAGUCCUGGAAGCGAUGCUUCAUUUUCAGAAACAUGCGUGUGAAAGGACACGCUUUCAGACCGUCCUCAAUGACUUGGAUCGCAGCACCGGUGUCUACAAGGACGAGGCCAACCUCAAGACGGCAAUCAUGUCUUUCAUCAAUGCCAUCCUUAACUAUGGUCCUGGACACGAACACUUAGAAUUUAGGCUUCAUUUGCGUUACGAAUUCCUGAUGCUAGGAAUUCAACCUAUCAUCGAAAAACUGAGAAGUCAUGAAAACGCUACGCUAGACAGGCAUAUUGAUAUAUUUGACAUGGUACGAAUCGAAGACGAGAAAGAGCUCGGACGCAAGUUUGACAUGGCUCAUGUAGAUACGAAAAGUUGUACAGCAAUGGUUGAAGCCAUUAAGAAGAAGCUGGGCUUGACAGCGGCAUUUCCUCACUUUUUAUCACUGCUACAACAUAUGCUCAUCAUACCAUAUAACAAGGGGACGCCCUUACACUGGUUGCUCUUCGAUCGCAUAGUCCAACAGAUCGUUAUACAAAGUGAGAACGGGGAGAAUCCGGACAUAUCUGUUAUUGACAUCAACGUGAAGAAUAUACUUAAAGAGUUGGCGACGGAAGAGGAACUCAGGAUAGCGAAGGAAAAUGCUGAGAGGUUUGAAAAGGAGAAUAUUGAACUGGCAACCCAAAUUGUAAAGAAGGAGCAAGAACUAGAACAGUGUCUGCAAGAAAAGGAGGACCUCCAGGCAACAAUGACAAAAACGAAAAGUAAGCUAGAGAAAGAAACAGUGGGUCACCUGGAAGCAAAGCAGAAAAUAGAAGAGCUUGAGUACCGCUUGCGGGAACUUGCACAAACUCUGGACGCCGAAAGACGCCAAAGGAACGCAGCCGAAGGCUCGCUGAGGGGCACGGCGUUCGCCGACUCUCUUUCGUCAUCGUCGAGGAUCCCAGGACAUUUUACGCCCAGUGGUGCAAGUUCUACGCCACCACCUCCUCCACCGCCCAUGCCAAUGAAUGGGAUAUGUUCCACACCUGGGCCUCCCCCUAUACCAGGGGCACCUCCUCCUCCCCCUCCUCCCAGUAUGCCCUUAUCGAGGAUACAAAGGGUGGCCAAAAACAUCCCUCAGCCUACAAAUCCUCUGAAGUCUUUUAACUGGUCUAAGUUACCCGAGUGUAAAGUCGACGGCACAGUUUGGACGGAACUGGAUGAUACUAAACUCUACAGAGAUAUUGAUCUUUCUGACAUUGAUAGAACGUUUUCUGCCUAUCAAAAACAGCAAGGCUGUCUGCCAAAUGGGUCUCUAGAGGACAUCCCUACAAUCACAUCACGAAGUGCCAAAGUUAGGGAGCUGUCUCUCAUUGACGGUCGAAGGGCUCAAAACUGUACCAUUCUCUUGUCAAAGUUGAGGUUGACCAAUGAGGAAAUCUGCAAAGCUAUUCUCUCCAUGGAUUCCAAAGACCAGAUACCCAAGGAUAUGGUCGAACAGCUGCUCAAGUUCCUUCCUAGUCCCGAAGAGAAAACGCUUUUGGAAGAGCAUAGUACUGAGAUGGAAAGCAUGGCAAAGGCGGAUAGGUUUCUUUAUGAGAUCAGCAGGAUUAUUCACUACGAACAACGACUGAGGACUCUCCAUUACAAAAAGAAGUUUCAAGAAAGGAUAGCGGAUUGCAAACCCAAAAUUAUUGCCGUCCUUGAAGCGUCCAAAGAAGUUUAUCGCAGCAAAAGGUUAAAGAAGCUCUUGGAAGUUGUUCUGGCUUUUGGAAAUUACAUGAACAGAGGACAGAGGGGCAACGCUGUAGGCUUCAAGCUAUCCAGCCUUAAUCACAUCGCGGACACAAAGUCCAGCACCAACAGGAACUUCACCUUGCUCCACUACCUCAUCGAAACUUUAGAAAAAAAGUUUAAGGACACCAUGCAACUUGAAGAAGACAUCCCAGAUGUACGCAAGGCAGCCAAAGUCAAUCUCGGGGAGCUGACGAAAGAAAUUCAAGACUUGAAGAGUGGAUUAAACGAAGUGCAACGAGAGUUGGAGUACUUGAGAAGUCAGCCACCUCAGCCUGGAGAUAAAUUUGUUGUAGUCAUGAAGGAGUUCAUCACCAGUGCCACGUAUAAAUUCUCAGAGCUUGAAGAGAGUUUUCAAGACAUGAAACACAGGUACGAGAAGACAGUGAGGAGGUUCGGAGAAGAUCCUCAGCAGUUGCCGCCAGACGAGUUCUUCGGUAUCUUCGAUAACUUCCUCACGUCGUUUUCCGAGGCGCGAAACGACAACGAGAAUUUCAGGCGAAGGAAAGAAGACGAAGAAAGAAGGACGAAACAAGAAGCUGAGAAGAAGGAGAGAAAAGAAGGAACGCUUCGUGGCUUAGCUGCUCUGCGUGCCAACGGUACUCUCCCAGGGGCUCUCAAUGGCGUAAAGAACAUAAACGGCGGCUCGGACGACAAGGGAGAGUUUGACGACCUUAUAUCCGCCCUUCGUACCGGAGACGUCUUCGGAGACGACUUCUCGAAAGGUCGUCGGAACCGACGUAGAGGGAGCAGCCCCGCGUCGGCCGCGGUGCUCGACGGUACUCCUGUCGUGAACGGGGUUUCGCCGAUUCAUGACAAUAGUAGGGACAGGGUGACGUCUUUUAUGUCACGAAAAUUCAAAUCGUGAUGACCUAUGAUCGCUGGUUUAUCCAGAGGAAUAUCCUGAGUGUUAAAAUGUUCUGUAGAUAUUGUAACGGUGGAAUGCAGUGUUGUUGUUUUGACAUAACCCCCCUCUUAGAAAAUAACAUUAGGAUUUAAAUACAAUGCUGCGAUGUUUUUGCUAUUAUAGUGUUAUGCAAUAGUGUUUGUAAAUACUUAGUUCUUGAAUGUUCACUACAUUAAUAGUUUUACUACUUUUUUACCAUUUUAAUACUUAGUUGCUUGUACAUACACAAGUAGUACUUCUGAAUCUCUGAUCUGUGUAUGCUUUUGUACAGUGCUCACGACGUGAAACAUUUAAUUAAACCAUUGUGAAACAAG